GUUAGCGUGUCGCACCGGCGAAAGCGAGAGAUGGCAAGUGGCACAUCAGUAUUGUGGCUGUUAGCCUUGUGUGUGGUGGGUCAGGCCCUCACCCCCUCCACUUACCUGACCACAGUGGACAAGCAGAGAUUGAAGACGGUGUUUGAGCUGGCCCAGCCAUACUCUGAUGGGGCUAGUGCCCAUUACUCCAUAAUGGGCCUCAAAUUACUGGGAAUUCCUGUGCCCAAACAACAGGAGGCUUGUAAGUCUGUGACGUCAAGCCUGAAGAUUGACAGCGUGGAAUCCAUGUAUCAUGCAGCAGCUGCCAGCAAAGGGCUGGAGAAUUGCAAGGUAUCAGUUGGAAAUGGGAAGCAACUCUUGACUGACACAAUCAAAGAAGACUCGUCUGUGUCAGAUAUUUUCUAUGCAUUUUUUGCCCUUAAAAAUUUAGGACUAGCAGUGGAUGAUAAAAAAGUGAGUGCAGCUCUUUUAGGAGCUUUGAAAAAAGAUGAUUCUCCAUUAAGUAUGGGAUACGCAUUCCAUGUGGCCUCACAGUUAUCUGGCGAUGUCACAAAGUUUUUUGAAAACAUAGAAGAUGUUGUUGCUCAAGCUGAUGAAGUGGAUGAACAGUAUUUACAAUUUGAAGGAGGAUUGUACAUUUCAGCACUUGUCGUUGACGGGGCCUAUAAACUAGCGGAAAAAGCCAAGAAAGCACCAACUAUAUCUGAGGAUAAGGUUGUAAAGUUUGCAAACUAUUUUCUGAGUCGGAAGCAUGUCCACCAGCUGCGUGCUGCGUACCAGUUCCUGUCUGCCAUCAGAACACUCACAGAUAACAAAUAUCAAAUUCCCAUCGCCGUAACUUUAGCCAGCUCUGUCGCUGUCAGCCAAUCAGCAAACAUGGUCCAGGUUCGAGUGACAAAUCUUCUUGGUGGCAGUUUGGGCAAACUAACUGUGACGGCCGACAGUGCACGCCACCUAGUGGACGAAGCUGUCGUACUGAGUAAGAAACAGUUCACAGCUGUAAAAUCAGAAGAUUCUCUGUAUGAGCUAAAUUUCAUGGAGGUGAAGCCUGCCCGUGGAUUUUACAAACUCACAUUGUCCGUGGCUCCAGGAAAAGCUGAUGCUCGGCUCAUUGGGACCAAGGGUGCAGAGCUGCAAGUAAAAGUGACGACUAAAGUAGUGAUAGAAAAUGUGGAAAUUGGUGUGGGUGACAAAGAUCAGACAACCGCCCCCAAAACUACCAAACUGCAACAUCCCAACAAAGCUGCAAACACGCUGGAGGCUGACUACCAUCAGAAGCUGGUGAUGAAGUUCCAGCUGAGGGACAAGGCCACCUCGGAGCUGAUAACCGUGCACCAGAUGUUUGUCCGUCUGAUGAACCAGAAAACCAACCAGGAGAUAAUCUUUGUCGCAGAACCUGACGGAGCCCUCCUUAACAAGUUUGAUCUGGAUGUUGGUGCCAAUGCUAAGGAGUUUGGUUACCUAUCUGGGAAAUACAGCAUGGAUUUGAUCAUAGGAGACCUGGCCAUAGAAAACCCCUUCACAUGGACAGUGGCUGAUGUUUCCCUAACCUUCCCAGAAGGCUCUGCACCCGAGGGAGAGAAAGAAAACCAGUACGCCAAGAAACCAGAAAUUAUUCACCAGUUCCGUGUUCCGGAGAAACGCCCACCGAAAGCCGUGUCAACCGCCUUCACAGCUCUUAUUGCCAUCCCUCUCCUGAUACUGUUUGCCUUGUGGCUGAAGAUCGGAGUAAAUGUAUCAAACUUCCCCUUAUCUUUGAGUGCUAUCGGAUUCCAUAUCUGCUUGGCAGCUAUAUUUGGUUUGUACUACUGCUACUGGACACACCUGAACAUGUUCAACCUGCGGUACCUUGGGCUUCUCUCCCUUCCUACAUUCCUCUUCGGUAAUCGUCUUCUUAGUGGAUAG